UAGAACCUGCACUGCUAAUUGCGAUUCUUGUUUUCCUUUACUUAAGAGUUUAGGAAAUGUUCGGACCAUAUUAGAAUCGAUAUACAAAUUAUCAGGUAAUUUACAUAGCCCAGAUUAUCACCCUUAUCAGAAAGACGGUUGUUUUGGCAGAUUAAAAUCACAGAGCAGCUCUAUUUUAUCCAACUCUGGGCUGAAGCUCUAAGGACAGCUAGCUUUUCUCUGCAGAGAAGGGGGCCGCAAAAAUAAUAAUAAAAAAAGAAAAACAUGGAUCUCGUCAUCAAGCCGAGAGCAAAGUCAUUCGUGUGGCUUUACUUUGGCUUCAAGGCGGGCGAAAAUGGCCGACCUUUGAAUCCCGACGAGGUCGUUUGCCGUUUAUGCCGAAAGAUAGUGUGCGCGAAGGGAAACACCACGAACCUGAGGAGUCAUCUGAGGCGACGACAUCCAGCGGAGUUUAAUGAGAGCAUCGGUUCAGCUUCACUCGGACCCUCCUCAGAGCCCCAAGGCUUGGACCUCAAUCAUGAAGAGCUCAAUGAAGAUGUACCACUCACCCAGACCCCUUCCAACUGCAACUACGUCCCAGACGCGGUGGUGCCGCCGGGCGAGCCGUGGCUCCACGGCGGCCCCUCACGGGCCGUGUUGUCCUUGCCCGCCUGUCUCUCGCUCAGUACGGAUGGUUCAUCCACUGGCGAAGAACAGGCCACCAUAAAGGUGUACGCCAAGUGUCAGCUUCAGCAGGGGGUCCUGUUCGGGCCCUUUUUGGGAGAGGUGUGCAAGGGACAAUUGCCUAGCAACCUCCAAUAUGCCUGGGCUAUCAGGGAAGAUUCUGCUUUCACCUACGUUGAUGCAUCAGAUGAGAACAAAUCGAACUGGAUGAGAUAUGUAACAUACACCAGCAGCGAGGACGAACACAACUUGAUGGUCUUCCAGUUCUACCGUCACAUCUACUACAAGGUUGCCCGGCCCAUCUGUGAGGGGGAAGAGCUCAAAGUCUGGAUGGGGAAGGAUUACGCCUCGCUUUUGGGUUUGGGGAUGAGUGACAAUGCAAAAUGUGAGAUUGGGGAGAAGGAAACAGUCCUGCGCCUCCUGCAGGACAUCCAGCUGGUCACCCUCCCAGAGCCCAGCAGCACGUCGCUUUGGUCUGACAGCAGCCAAUCCCAGAGCCCCAUGCCCGUCAUCAGUGAGGUGACCACCGUGUCAAACCCAGAAGCGGCUAAUGAAGCAGGCUCAGUACCUGGCUCUGCCUUCCCUCCCGUUGUUCAGAGCCCGUUUAUGUACACCAGCUCCACUGUGACUGAAAAAUACGACUUCCUGCCAGGAAGCGAGAAGCUGUUGAGCAACCCGAACGCUCACCAGCACAGCGCCUGGCUGUUUUUUGGCUUGGAGCCAGACCCCACCGGUCGGCCUCUGGAUCGAAACAUGGCGGUGUGCAAGCUGUGCAUGGAGCGUGUGAGCUGUGGGGGAGGAGCAGCAGAUCUGCAGAACCACCUGACACUCAAGCAUCACCUCAAACCUCGAGACAUCACCAAGGAUCGCGUUCUGGCAACAGGUCAGCGUAUUGUUCCUGUGAUGCCUCCCACCAGCCUUCACAGCAGCCCCCCCACAGCAACAUCUGCUAAAGUGAUUAAUGCCAUCGCCAGCUUCAUCAUCAGGGAUCUCCAGUCCCCUACUCUGGUGGAAGGGAAGGGCUUCAAACAGCUGCUGCACACGCUCUUGCCUUCCUACAAGGAGUCGCUCACAUCCCAGCACCUGCUGCACCUCCUGAGAGACCACCACAUCAAAGCCAAGAUCAGCCUCAUCCAGCAGCUGAAGAGAAGAACCUCGAGUUUGGACAUGGAGGAGAUAAGCGACUACACUGCUCCCAUCGAAGUUGAGCCCAGGAGGCCAGGGCGGCCCCCGAACCACCUGAGGGUGGUUUCUAACUUUGUCACUUUGAGCGUGGAUGUUUGGCUCCACAGCUGGCAGGGCAGCCACCAGCAUUACCUCACCAUGUGGGCGCAUUACAUCGAUGAUGACUUCAACCCCCACAACCUGGCUCUGGCAACCGAGAGACUGGAGAAGGGUGGAGCUAACGAGCUGAGCCUCCAGAUGGUGGAGAUGCAGGUGAGGGCCAUGGCGCAAGAGUGGGGGGUCAACCAGCAGAACCUGGUUCUACUGGGAAUGGAGGGCAAACACAGGAUAAAGCUGCCUCCCAUAAAGACGGAGAAAGGCCUGGAGGCUCCAGGCAGUGCCCCCCAUCCAAACUCAACCACCUUCCUUGAGAAGGAUGACUCCGCUUCCCCCGAGGAGCCGCAGGCCUCCUCUGAGCAUUUUAGCGAGGGUCUUCCAUCCGUCCCAUGUUUUUUCAGCGCCGUGCAGGGCUGCAUCGAGGAGGUGAUGCUACACCCCGGCAUCCUCAAAACCUUGGGCCAGUUCCAGGACCUUCUGUCCACCCUGCUGCUGCCUCCCUCUGGGAAGAGAGGCUUCUACCACCAUCACGCCCGGAAGCUGCUGCUAAGCCUGUCCAAAGCAGAGCAGGAACGGGUGAAGCUGUGGGCUCACUGCCAGCCCAGCUGGAACGAACUCUAUCCUUUAUUGAACUCGCUUAUCAAACACAAAAGCCUAAUCUGUGAUAUUAUAAAAGAUGUUAAUCAAGAAAACAUUGCCAGGGAGGAGACGGCUUCAGAGUCAUUAGACAGCUGCCAUGCUAACUCCACCUCCAACACGCCAUCAGUGGGCCUUCCUAUACCGCGCCUGGAGUGGAAGUUGGUGGAGGAGCUCUGCUUGGUCCUCAAACCUCUGGACGUGGCGUGUAGGACUUUAGCCAAAGAGGCCUUCCCACGCCUGUCCCUCGUUAAACCCAUCCUCACAGGCUUGCUCUCCAGACACCUCGUACCCCGGCCGAGCGACUCCUCGUCCAUCCUGAAGGAGGUGAAGAGGAUGAUGAGGCGGAGCUUGGCGAGUUGCUACGACAGCCCGACGGUGAACAGGCUUCUGUGUGUGGCGUGCUCCCUCGACCCCCAGUUUCAUGGGCUGGGCUUCAUGGACGACAAGGAGCAGGUGGCCACAUUCGAUUGGCUGAAGAAGGAGGCUGUGAGGAUUGCCAAGGAGGACAGGAAGAGCGGUAAAGCCAAUCAAAUGAAGAGAAGCUCCUCUCCCGUGUCCCCAGAGUCAGACAGCGAAAUCCUCCGGCGGAGCAAACGCCUGAAGGAGUGCCCCCCGAUUAACUUCAGAGACCUCAUAGUGGAGGAUGAGUUUAGUGACGCCGGAGAGAACGAUGAUGGCGACCCGUCGGACCCUGCUUGUCAUGCUGGGCUCUCUGGCAUGGAAUUUCUGCUGGGAGACCUGUUCUGCUCCACUCCCAGGAGCAGGCAGAGCUCCGUGGAGGAGUCUGUCGACAUGGAGAUGUCUGUCUUCAGAGCUGACAGAGGGGCUUCGCUGGGAGUGGAGCCCCUGCAGUGGUGGAGGACCAAGGCGGGCCAGUUUCCGCUGCUGGCCGCUGUGGCGCGCGUUUACAUGGCUGCUCCGGCCGUGGCGGGGAAUGCGGCGCAGGACUUUGUGCAGGAAGGACCCGAAACUACCAACAGGAAGAGGUCGGCCAUUCCGCCAGACAGUUUGGACGCCAUCCUGUUUCUACACCACAAUCGCAUCUCCACCGCUGACGGUGGGCAAGAGUGAAGGAAGGGACGGCGGCAGGAAGAAACAUGACAAAGACUUUUCUGGUGACAGGAAUUGAAUCAUCACACCUAACCUCAUCGGUUAAUUGCAAGCGAUUUAAUCCAAUACACAAAGCCUUUCAACAUCAUUUAAAACAUAAAACGAGCAGCAAUGAAGGAAGACUAAAUAAAUUAUACCUUCAUCAGACAAUGCACAACAUUUUUCAGUUUUUAUCUUUCAUUUUAGUUUUACAUUUUUUUUGCCUUUUUCUCUGCAGACAACAAAGAACAGAAAUGUCCACCAAGCUGUGUUUUAUAAAAAAAAUCCUAACUACUGAUUUCCACUGAACUUUAUGCUAAUUACCCUGUAGUCCCUUGUGCCUUAUCUAGUUCCUUUAGCCACACUGUAGAAGCAGAUCUAACCAAAUCGUACUUCUCCUGCCUGUUUUUAUACUUACAGCUCAUUGAAUGGAGUUAGGCUUACUGAAGGGGAUGUGAUCUGCUGUAUGACUUUGCUUUUUUAUUUCUCGAUUUGUCAAUCAGUAAUUGAUUAACUAAAAAGCAGAUGAUGUUGAUUAUGUGAAAACUGUUCAUGCUGGAAUAACCAGAGGAGAAAUAAAAGCAAACAAAAAUGUGCUGUCAUGGUCAAAUUAAGGACACUACAAAUGAUUUUUUUUUGUACUAAUAAGCAAAAUAUCAACCAUAGACUUUAUAGGAGGACUUUAUACUGUCUGUGGUCUGUAUUCUGCAUCCCUGAAUGUUUUCUUUCACCUUUUUAUAAUCAAAUACAGAGAAAAAAAAAGGUUUUUGUCUUUGAGUGAUGUAGCAAUCCUGUCCUAUACCUUUUUUCCAAUAAAACAUAUUUAACCCAUUGAACACUGUGUGUUUUA